AUGGCGGCCUACAGAAACCCAAAGCACCAGAGAGAUGCCCACCUAGCUCAUAUCAACGCCACAAAACACAAAAUCGAGUCCCUGAAAAGACAAUACAUACGGCUUGAGGCCGAAAUGAAGGAGUUGAAGACAUACGGAUACAAGUCCCACGGAAUAGUGGGUGCGCUUAAGUGUAUCUUCGGAUCGCCGAAGAGAAACCUUGAUGAGGAUGCAUGGAGGAGAUGUUUACUGAAAAGGGCGGAGAUCCGGAAUUUGAUGGAGAGGACGAGGAGGUCGAUAGAGGCUUCGCAAACGGAGAUGGAGGGGUUGUUGCUGACUCUUGGGAGUAAGCGGAGGCCAGUGCGCGUUUAG